AUGGCGUCGGAGGCGGCUGACCUGGCACACGCGCAGCUGCUGCCGCCGCCCCCGUCGCCCCCGCCGCCGCCGCUCGUUAGCGCCGGGGGCGGCGUGGUGCGGCUUGGCGCGGCUCCGCCCCUGGGGCCGCCCGGGGCAUAUUUCCGCGGCCCGCCCGGCUGUUCAAAGGAGAUUGGCCCGCGGCCGGCCAGCGCCGCCUGUGAUUGGACGGCUGCCUUGUUUACCGGCUCAGCGGGCGGGUCCGACCCUCCGCUCGCGGUGGCUCUGCCCCGCAGGCGAAAGUCGCCAGUCAACCUACACGUCGUGGCUAGCAGCGCCGAUCUACCUCAGUAUCCCGACUUUCUCCCGUCGGGCAGCGGCGCGGCGCGGCGCGGCGGGCUGUUGUCGCAGCGGAAGGACGCAGGCGAUCCGUCGCCGCCAGCGCCCCUGGCGGCCGCGCUGUUUGGCCGUCGCCGGGACGCGGAGGCGGCGCGAGCGCCUAAUGGCCGGGAAUUAGCAUGCCUGCCGGCGUACGACCUGACGGGGCUGGUGGGCGAGACGGUGACGCUGCCCUGCAAGGUGGACACGGACCGCUGCGGGGACCUGCACUCCAUCAAGUGGUACCGUGGCUCCGCCCGCAUCUUCGUCUUCAGCGACCGCGCCCGGAUCUCCAGGCCCGAGGGCGAAUACACCGAAAGGGCGGAGCUGAACUACUCGCCCAACAGCACCGAGUCGACGCUGAAACUGCGCGACUUGCGGGUGGCGGACGAGGCCGUCUACAAGUGCGAGAUCACCUACAUCGAGGUGCGCGAGGGCUGCGCCGUCGUUCAGUUCAUCAAUCUCACCGCCCUCAUCAAGCCUGAGUACGUGAAGGCGAUGCUGCGCAACGGCACGGAGCUGCCCGACGGACGAGAGAUCGGGCCGUACACGGAGGGCGACGAACUGACGCUGGUGUGCGAGUCUGGCGGCGGGAAGCCCAUCCCGGCCGUCUCCUGGUGGAACGGCACACAGCGCAUCCCAGCGACGAACGAGCAGCGCGCGGGCAGCAACGGCGCGGGCACCGGCGUCGCGACGCUGACGGCGCGCCUCGGCCGUGGGGACCUGCGGGCCACCUACCAGUGCCGCGCGCACAACGACGCACUCAAGGAGCCGCUGACCGCCUCGCUGCGCCUGCUCGUCCACGUGCGGCCCCUGGAGCUGCAGCUGACUGGCGUGAAGGAGCACGUGGUGCAGGGGACCAACGUGGCAGCCGUGUGCCAGGCUGUGGGCGCCAACCCAGAGGCCACCAUCACCUGGUACAACGGGACCGACCGCAUUAACAACACCGCGGGGAACGUCGUCGAGCAGCAGGAGGACGGCACGUUCACGACGCGGAACACGCUCAUCUUCCAGGCGACGCUGUACGAGAACGAGCGCACGCUGCACUGCGAGGCCAGCAACCCGGUGAUGGCGCAGCGCGGCGACAAGCCCAUGCGCAAGAGCGUCAAGCUGGAGGUUCUCUAUCCUCCCAUCGUGACAGUGAAGCCGGACAACAUUACCGUCAACGAGAGCUCCGAUAUUACACUGGAGUGUGAGUACGUCGCCAACCCAACGACGCUGCUUGCCGUGCGCUGGUACCGGGACAAGCAACUGGUAGUGCUGAACGCCGACCACUACGAGGGCGGCACCACCGACCAGACGACGCUGCUCAUCAAGAACGCGACGCGAUUCGACCAGGGCGUCUACGAGUGCGGCCUGGAGAACGACGUGGGUGCCGAGAACUCCACCAACAGCGUCAACGUUUCCGUCUACUUCAAGCCCGUAGUGCGGCUGUCGAUGGAGCCGGAGACGCCGGUGAGCGAGGUGUCGCGACUGAACAUCACUCUGCUGUGCGAGGUGCUGGCGGGCAACCCGGCCACGCUGACCGCCGUGCGCUGGUACCUGGACGGCGAGCUGCUCAAACAGCUGCCCGACUGCAACGCCACAGACGACGCGGCGGCCACCUUCUGCGACGUAGACCCCAGCCGGCUCAUGCUGGAGGACGUGGGCCGCGGCUUCCACGCCAACUACUCGUGCGAGGGCAUGAACGACGCCGGCUGGGGGCCCACCUCGCCGGACCGCGAGCUCGUCGUCUUCUAUCCUCCUGGACCUGCAACAUUGGUGUAUGAGCCUAGUCGAGUUGUGAAGAAAGGCACAGUGACGUUAACGUGCAGUGUGGAGGAUCCAGGAAGACCAGAAACAACAAAAUUCCGCUGGAUCAGAGGAUCUCAUAACAUAUCAGCAGUAACAUCAGCUAACUGGACAAUUGACCCUGUGUCAUUAGAAACAGAAUCAAAUUUCACAUGCCUUGCCUAUAAUGAAGGAGGAGAAGGAGAGCCAGCAACUGUUUUUAUUGAAGUACUAGCACCACCAGCAUUCAUUAACACUUCACCACCAUAUUAUGGAGCAGCAGUAAACACUCAAAACUUAAACAUUUCCUGCCGUGUGGAGUGUUCGCCAAUUUGUGAAGUGAAUUGGUUGAAGAAUAAUGUUCUCAUUGAUACAAGCAAUGGGUCAGCUUCACCAUACACUGUAAUUAAUAAGCGUCUGCCUGCUGACACAGCUGCUAAUGAUUUCCAGUCCAUACUGUCAACACUGCUGUGGAAUAUGGAUGCAUGGCCUGGGAAGCAGUUUGAUAUACUGCAUGAUAGUGCAAAUUACACAUGUCUUAGCACAAGCAACUCUGUGGGGCCUGGUGUUAACAGUACCACAGUGUUCAGGGUAGAAUACCCACCAGGUAACAUCACAGUUUCAAAUAAAGUGGUUUAUGUAACUGAAGGACAUGUUCCAGAGAAAGUUCUGUGCAAUGCAAAAGCAUAUCCGGAGGCUAGUUAUCAGUGGUGGAAAGAAGGUGAAAAAGAACCAAUAGUAAAAGGAAAAACACUCAUGCUGAACUUUGCUGUACAUCGUCGUAAUAGUGGAAACUACAUCUGUGAAGCUUCCAACCGGCAUGGAAAUAUAACUCAAAAAACAACAAUAAAUGUUCUGUAUAAGCCAGAAUGUGCCAUUACUCAAGCUGAAAUGGAUGGAAAAUUGGUUUUAACAUGUUCUACAAGUGCAAAUCCACCAGAAGUUGAUUUCACUUGGCGAAUCAAGAAUGAAAAUGACACAAUAGAAGAAAAUGUGGAGAAAAAAGGACAAAGCAGCAUUCUCACUCUGGAAUCUUAUGUUGAAAAUUUCCGCACAUAUUUGUGCUUUGCAAAUAAUAGUGUGGGAGUAGGAAUUCCUUGUGAAAGAGAUGUCACAGGACAUGCUGUGACAUGGUGGGGAAGGUUUGAAAGUGACCAUAUCAUUGUCAUCAUUGCAGUCAUUGUUGGUGCUAUAUUAAUGGUGAUCAUCGUUUGUGUCAUCAUUAUCAUUAUCUGUAGAAGAAAGAGAGCUGAUGAUAAAUACAAUAAUCCAGUGGAGCUCGAGGAGAGAGAAAACCCAGAUGGCAACGCAAGUGUAACACCAUCUCAGAACCCAGCACGCCCAGUCCACAAGUGGCCACUACGUCCAGGGGUCCUAGUGCAUGUGAACGGAUCGCAUAGUUUGAAUUUUGGAAGAUUGCAUCAAACUACACAUGACAGUGCUGCUAGCUCUAACACUCCAAAUUACAGUCUACCUUACUCAAGUAAUACUAUGCCGAAAAACUUAGCAGCAAGGAAGGAGCGUACAAAGAAGUGUACGCGCAAACUGAAACAGAGACGUGCAGUUAGUUUAAGUAGCCUACGCCAUGAUGACACUAACCAACACAGUAGAGCAAACAAAAUAAGACAAAUGUUUGUGAAUGAUGGUACAAAAUACCAUUGUGAUACAUUACCUGGCAUCUUUCAUGGAAAAUCAGGAGUGGUGACUUUCAAGAAGUUAGAAGGCCCAAUCAACUACAGUGUAUCACGGAAACGAAAAAAACCUGGAUCAGGCCCAAAUCCAUCAGCUACCAAAGAUAAAUCAAAGCCUGACUUGACCUCAUCUUUAGGUGAUGGCCUUCUUCAGCCAGAUGGGGACAAGGCAUUUUAUGAAAAUCUGCCAUUUCAUGGUAUGCAGUCAGCACCAAACAAGCUUGCAGCAUCUUCAUCUAAUGCAAAUAGUACUAGCAGACCAACAAGUCAGCUUAGUCAUUGUGGUUCUUCUGGUUAUGGGUCAACCAGGAGCCAUGUUGGUCCUCAUUUCAAGAAAAAUGGAUCCGACAGUUUCUUGCCAGACAAAAAGUAUCAUUCAUUUCGAGAACAAGCCAGAGGGAUACGAAGAACAUCUCAAAAACUGGUCCCCAAAUUUUACUCUCUAAGAAUGUAUAAAAGGGAUAAGCAAAGACUGAAAGAAGAUAAAAAGAAAAUUAUGAUGGAUGUUUUAAAAAAAGACACUGCCUCUCAUGCAGUUGAGAAUCAACAACAAGAAACAAAUUUGGAUUCUAGUUGUAGAAGUGAUGAAAUUAAGAAUAAAACAGUACCACCUACCCCAGCACCUCGAAGGCAGAUAUCAUCCAAAUUAGUAAAACAUACUUAUCAAAAUGUUCCUAUUCCCAUAAAGCCCAACUCUUUGGAGCUGACUGCUCAACCAAAGAGUCAAGUACAUCAGCACCACCAUCACCACCAUCACCAUUACAAUCUAACAUCUCACCACCUACUAAUAAAUCCGACAAACACUACUACGGACAUAACUCGACAACAGCAGUUGCAGCAACAGCAGCAGCAGCCACAACCUCGGCAGCAGAAUGAGCUACAACAUGUUUAUGGAAGUAAUAGUGCCAAAAGGAACAAUCGAACUUAUCUCCCUCCCCUCCGUCUUGAAUAUCAGCAACCUUAUUAUGUCACAGAUCCAUUCACAACAAACAGCAUUGUUUAUGCAGAUCUAUCAUUGUCGGCAAAUGGAAUUCAGCAAGAGACGCAUUUUCCACAAAGCAAUAGGCCACCACAGAAUUCAACAGAAUAUGCAAUUCUCAAGUUUCAUGAUGUGGGUCAAGAAAUAGAUGUGUGAUAAUGCCCUUUCGACCUGAAUUUUCUGAUCUGGACUAUGCUGAUGUUGAUUACCGUUCCUAUGGGCCAAUAAACUACAAGAAAGCAUCCAUAGAGGCAGCAGAAAGAAAAAAAGAAGAAAUACAAGGGAAAACAAAGCAGCAG